UUCUUUGUUGGUGUCGUUUUCCGGUUCCAGGCGCCAGAAUGUCCUCAACAGUAGAUGGCGGUAGUAAACUUUCGAGUAACAAUGCUUCAUUUCAGAGCUCUAAAACCACCAUAGAAGAAGUAGAUACAGCUCGUAUAAAUACGCAGGACAGUUCCCUCCCCCGUCAUUUAUCUGCAUUGCAGCACCGUGCCUCUUCUGCUCCAGCCCUAGUAAGGACAAAGAUAUCCCUAAAUAUGUCGGACGAGGGCAAACUUUUUAUUGGAGGUCUGAGCUUCGAGACCAACGAAGACUCGCUCGCUGCCGCUUUUGGCAAAUACGGAACCAUUGAAAAAGUGGAUGUGAUCAGAGACAAAGAGACCGGAAGAUCACGUGGCUUCGGCUUUGUGAAGUACGACAAUGUUGAAGAUGCUAAAGAUGCGCUGGACGCAAUGAACGGAAAGACCCUUGAUGGCCGUGCGAUUCGAGUGGAUGAAGCAGGAAAGGGAGGUCGCGCCAGAGGAGGGUUUUCUUCGGGCCCUCGCGGUGGACGCUUCAGCGGAUCAAGGGGUAGGGGCGGCCGUGGUUUCUCCAGGGGUGGCUACAACAGCGACAGAAGCUACGGAGACAGAAGUUAUGGUGACAGGAGCUUUGGAGGUGGAGACAGGAGCUUUGGUGGAAGUGGCGGAUUCAGAAGCGGUGGAUACUCAUCCGGCGGCUACAGAGACAAUAGGGGACAGGGAGGAUAUGGUGACCGAUCUGGGUCCUACAGAGACGGCUAUGACAGCUAUGCUUCACACGAGUAAACACCUCCUUGAUUCAAGAUCAUCACUUGGCUGGCUGUUUUUGAAAGAUGCUCUCCUCAAGAAAAAUUGUCCAUGUAUUUUGCUGACCUUGUAGUUCUGUUUUUGUAGUUCGCCAUCUUAAAUGUAGCUGUGAUUUUGGUCCUCAAAACUUGUUACAACAGUUAAUGAGUCUUGCCUUGCUCAAUUUGACAACAUCCUACAGCUUUGAUUCAAUUUGUCCUCAGUCGAGCACAAAGUCGUUCUCCAUUUGGGAGCUUCUGAUUGCUCAGCGGCAGCAUUGCUGUAGACCUUUUGACCGACACUUUAAAUGUGUUCUUAUAUAAUUUUUUUAUUAGAAAGUAUAUGGGGCAUAGUUUUCUUGGUCAAUGAUCUACCUCCUUAAGAGUUUUAAAUUGAGUGAGGAAAAAGCUUAAAUAGUUUGGGGAAUUAUGGAUGAAGUCCUUUUCCUAUUGAAAGAACCUUCAUUCAGCCAAGGCUCCUUUCUGUUCCAUUUCCCAAAAGAGUGAAUUCCUUUGACUGGUGAACUACACAUCCGAAGUGGCCGGCUGUUCAUGAAGUUGCAAAAUGCAGCAUGCUACAGUCUGUCCAAGGUAUCUUCUGUGCUCUCUGCUCAACGUCUGCAUUAUAAAUGUGCUGUAAAAUGGACUGUUUAAAGUGAUUCAAAAUGUAAUUUCGUUUACCCAAAAGUUUAGUCUAAAACGGGAACAGUUUUGUACUUUUUGUUCUUUGUAUGAUACAAGAAUUAUUUUUUUUGUCAGUUUGGCUUCAUGGAGCCUAUUAAACGAAACAUGGAAAAUGA